GCCACCAGAGGUGGCGAACCCCAGGGAUGCUGCUUCCUCCGCCAGAGCCGGCUCCACACCCCAAAUCUGAUCCAAGACAAUGUGGGGCGUCAAGGCCUCGGACCUCCUCAUCUGGCCCUCCCUGUCCCCAUCCGUCGGCGGAACGGGGAGGUCACAGCCUGCGGGUUCUGGGCGAGACUGAGGCCCUGGGGGCGGAGUUACAGAGUGGAGUGUCAGAGUCCCGGGCAGCGGGGACGGAGCCUGGUGUUGGGGCGUGGUCUGGGCGGGGCCUCGGUGUCUAGGGGCCAACCAGGUGAGGUCGGGCUUGACUGCGGAGCUGGCGCCGGGGGUCGGGUCCAGAGAGGCCCGGACGCGGUGCCGCGGGUGGCGGGACGCAGUGGGUCGCCGAGUCUGAGCCGGGCCUGGGGACAAAGCCGCAGGGCCGAAGGAGGAGUCGAGGAGGCCAGAGGUUCCCUCGGAGACAUGGAGGCCAGAGAAGAGGCCCAGGCCGUGGACACCAGCCUCCCGGAGCCACUGGAGCCAGAGACCACGGGGCAGCCGGAGCUCCAGAGCCCUUCCAGCCCAGACGCUAGUCCUCCACCCCGGCCAUUGCCACAGCCCCCCAUGUCCCCAGGAGGCCCCGAGGAGAUGGAGAGUCAGGAGCCGGAGACGAGGCUGGAGGCGGAGGAGGAGGAGGCCAGCAGCCCCUGGGGUGGGCCAGACGAGCUGGAGCUGGUGCUGCAGGACGGACAGACAUGCGUGCAGGCUCGAUGCAGCCUCGCCGAGGGCCUGUCCUGGGGCCCAUUCUGUGGGAGCAUCCAGACCAGAGCCUCGUCCCCCAGGCAGGCAGAACUGAGCCCAGCCCUGACCCUGCUGCUGGAGGACGAGGCCUGCUGGCUGAAGAAGCUGCCCCAUGCCCUGACAGAGGCCAAAGCCAACUCAGAGAUCCACAGGAAGGGUGAAGCCCUCUGGUGCAGGGUCACCAAGCCGGUGCCAGCAGGUGGACACUUGUGUGUGCGCCUCACGGCCGAGCCCCACGGAGCCCCCAGCCACCCUGUGAAGAAGGAGCCCAUGGAGCCCGAGGGCCCGGCCCCCUCCCACACCGACAUCCAGCUCCUGCCCCAGCAGGCCGGCAUGGCGUCCAUCCUCGCCACAGCGGUCGUCAACAAAGACGUCUUCCCCUGCAAGGACUGCGGCAUCUGGUACCGGAGCGAGCGGAACUUGCAAGCCCACCUCCUCUACUACUGUGCCAGCCGCCAGGGCUCCGGAUCCCCCGCCACAGCCGCCCCCGACGAGAAGCCCAAGGAGACUUACCCCAAUGAGCGCAUCUGCCCCUUCCCCCAAUGUCGCAAAAGCUGUCCCAGCGCCAGCUCCCUGGAGAUCCACAUGCGUAGCCACAGCGGAGAGCGCCCCUUCGUGUGUCUCAUCUGCCUAUCUGCCUUCACCACCAAGGCCAACUGUGAGCGGCACCUCAAGGUGCACACAGACACACUGACCGGGGUCUGUCACAGCUGUGGCUUCAUCUCCACCACAAGGGACAUCCUCUACAGCCACCUGGUGACCAACCACAUGGUCUGCCAGCCGGGCUCUAAGGCUGAGAUCUACUCACCAGGGGCCGGGCACCCCACUGCCAAGCUCCCCCCAGACAGCCUGGCUGGCUUCCAGCAGCAUACGGCAUUGCACGGUCCUUUGGCCUCUGCUGACCUGGGCCUGGCUACUGCCCCAUCGCCUGGACUGGACAGGAAGGCGCUGGCCGAGGCCACCAACGGAGAGGCCAGAGCGGCCCCCCAGAACGGGAGCAGCGGCGAGCCCCCCGCGGCCCCCAGGAGCAUCAAGGUGGAGGCGGCAGAGGAGCCCGAGGCGGAGCCAGGGCCCCCGGCCCCGUCGCGCACGCCAUCGCCGCCCAGCCCCAGCCCGGUGCGCGUCAAGGCGGAGCUGUCCAGCCCCACACCCGGCUCCAGCCCGGGGCCCGGCGCGCUCUUUCUGCCGCAGCUGCCCGCGGCGCCCCCGGCCUCCGAGAUCCUGGCCAAGAUGUCUGAGCUGGUGCACAGCCGGCUGCAGGCGGGCGCGGGGGUGGGCGCUCCGGCUGGCCUCUUCGCGGGGGCUCCCAAGGGCGCCACGUGCUUCGAGUGCGACAUCACCUUCAACAACAUCAACAACUUUUACGUGCACAAGCGCCUCUACUGCUCCGGCCGCCGCCCGCCCGACGACGGGCCCCCCGCCCGCAGGCCCAAGGCGGCCCCCGCCCCGCCGCGCGCGCCCCCAGCCCCGCCGCCUGCCGAGGCCGACGCACCGUGCUCGUCGCCGGGCCCCGGGACGCGAGAGGACGAGGCCAGGAGCGCGGUCACGCCCGAGGCCGAGGCCGAGGCCUGCGGCCGGGGCAGCGAAGGCAGCCCGAGCCCGGGCAGCGGGGCGGACGAGGACGACGACCCCCGCCGGACGCUGUGCGAGGCCUGCAACAUCCGAUUCAGCCGCCACGAGACCUACACGGUGCAUAAGCGCUACUACUGCGCCUCGCGCCACGACCCACCGCCGCGCCGGCCGGCGCCUGCCGGGACCCCCGGGUCCCCCGCGCCCGCCGCGCCGCCGGUGCGCACGCGCAGGCGCCGCAAGCUCUACGAGCUGCACGCGGCCGGCCCCGCCCCGUCGCCGGCCGGCCCCGCCCCUCCCGCUGCGCCCGGCCCCGCCUCCACGCCGCCCGGCCCCGCCCCCACGUCGCCCGCGGCGCCGGCGCCGCGGCCCGGAAGCGGAAGUGGAGGCGGAGGUGGAAGCUGCUCCGAUCCCGCCGAAGGCCCCAUCGACCUGAGCAAGAAGCCGCGGCGCCAGACGUCGGCCGCCGCCACCCCGGGCCCCACGCCGGGCCUGCCGGCCCUGGCCGACUACCACGAGUGCACGGCCUGCCGCGUGAGCUUCCACAGCCUCGAGGCCUACCUGGCGCACAAGAAGUUCUCGUGCCCCGCCGCCCUGCGCCGCCUGCGCGCCUCCCCCGAGGACCCGCCCGCCGUCGUGUGCCCCUACUGCCCCCCGAACGGCGUGGUCCGCGGCGACCUCAUUGAGCACUUCCGCCUGGCGCACGGCCUGCUGCUGGGCAAGCCCCCGGCCGGCCCCGGCGCCGAGGCCCGGACGCCCUCGCCCGCCGUGCCGCGCGACGGCCUCAACGGCCAGGACCUGCGGGAGCCGCCCGCCAGCAGCCCACGGCCCGGCCCGCCCCCGGCCCCGUCCCCUGAAGCUGUGCCGGCGCCCCCCUCCCACUCGGACAAGGGUGUGCAGACCCCCAGCCAGGGGUCAGCGGCCCCCGUGCCCAACGGCAACCACAGGUACUGCCGCCUGUGCAACAUCAAGUUCAGCAGUCUGUCCACCUUCAUCGCCCACAAGAAGUAUUACUGCUCCUCGCACGCGGCCGAGCACGUGAAGUGAGCGCCGCGCGCGGAGGGCGGAACCUGCGCGCCUGCUCUCUAGGGGCCUCCACGGGCCCGGGCACCCUUGCUCCUGGGAAACGCUCCAAGCACAGGCUUCAGCACAGGGGCUGCGGGGGGCAGACCCCGCUUGGACCUUUGGCACUUAAUAAAGAAGUUCAGUUUGAUGAGCACA